AUGGGUCGUCGUCCUGCUCGUUGCUAUCGUUACUGUAAGAACAAGCCUUACCCCAAGUCUAGAUACUGUCGUGGUGUCCCUGACGCCAAGUUGAGAAUUUACGAUUUAGGUCGUAAGAAGGCAUCUGUUGACGACUUCCCUCUCUGUAUCCACUUGGUCUCUAACGAAUACGAACAACUUUCUGCCGAAGCCCUUGAAGCUGGUCGUAUCUGUGCCAACAAGUACAUGUCCAAGACCUCUGGUAAGGACUCCUUCCACAUGCGUAUCCGUGUCCACCCUUACCACGUCACUCGUAUCAACAAGAUGUUGUCUUGUGCUGGUGCAGAUCGUUUGCAAACUGGUAUGCGUGGUGCUUUCGGUAAGCCCAACGGUUUGGUUGCUCGUGUCAACAUUGGUCAAAUCAUCUUCUCCGUCCGUUCCAAGGACUCCAACAAGGCUGUUGUUAUUGAAGCCUUGAGACGUUGCAAGUACAAGUUCCCUGGUCAACAAAAGAUUAUUAUCUCCAAGAAGUGGGGUUUCACUCCUCUUGACCGUGAAGAUUAUAUCGAAGCUCGCUCCAAGGGUCUCAUCAAGCCUGAUGGUUCUUAUGUCAAGUUCGUUCCUCAAAAGGGUCGUCUUUCCGAAUACUUCAAGGCUGUUUCUGCCUAA